AUGUUCAGAAUCAUUCAAAACUCAAGCAUAUCCACCAUAAAGAACAAGGUGGGUAGCCAGGUAUCCCAGGCCACCACCAGAAAUGGGAUCAAUAACUUGAAUUACUCUUCCAGAAGAUUGAACUCGACCCUUCAAAACAGCAUUGAACAAGACAUUUUGAAACCUCAACAGCAGCCUUCUCAUAUUAAUGGCAAUGGCAGAAACUACAGAAACCCUAGACACUCGAAUAACAAGAAUAGAAACUUCCGCAACAACAACAACAACAACAAUAACAAUUAUCACAACUCCAACCAAAGACUUAACCAUGCCGCCAACGAAAUCCCCCAAGGCACCGAUAAUCCAUGGUUUCACGAACUCAUGGCGUUCGAAGACUGCGUUGGCAUCACUUAUGAUUCAAAAAAUGCUUCGGCGUACCACAACCCCCAAUUCUGGGCAUCGAUCCAAAAGGCCAUGGAAUUAUACACCAACUUGACCGGGACUCCUGAUUUCAACGCCGAAAGAGUGGCGAAAUUAAUUUAUCUUUUACACACUGGGUUAAGACAAAACCGUCAGCAGAGCUUGAAGUUGGACAAGAAACCCGACUUUGAUGCCAGAAACUUCCAUAAAGAUAUGAUUGAUUACAUUUGUGUGUCGCUUAGGACAGUGGCGUCGGAUAUCAUUAGCAACAAAAAUUCUAUCAACCAAUACGGGGCCAUGCACUUGAUCACCUCGUUCAAAGAAUUACAAUUAUCCAAUGAAGCGAUCUCGAUUUGGGAAAAUGCCAGAGUCUCGAACAGCGGCAAUGUGUUUUUGGACCCUAGAGUUGUCGGGGUUAUUUUACCAUUGAUGUAUGAAAAUGGCCACUCUUUCCAAGAUAUCCAAAACUUAUUUGAAACCUCUAGAGGGCAAAUCAAUUAUUACCAUCCGAACUUGGCGGUAGGGAUGAUCCGUGCAUGUUUAUUGGCCAAUGAAAUCAACAUUGCCUUGAAAUUGUUUGAAGAAUUGUGCGGCAACAGUCAAGUGAAAAAGUUUGGGUAUUUGACAGAAACCCAUUUAAGUUUUAUUGGGGAAUCCCAUGACUUAAGCGUUGCCAACACGUUUUUUGAAAAAGCAUUAUACGACGAAAUGCCUUAUAAAGUUGAUUUACAAGUGCCAUACGUCAAGAAGUUUAUUUUCAACACCUGGAGCCAAACCAAAGAUUUUGACCAAGUUUUGAAUAUCUGGAUUAAAUGCUGGCAAAAUUACGGCACCAAUGUCACCAAAGGGGUUUCAUCGUCGCUUAAUGAAUUGUUCUUGUCGAUUUUCUUUAACAAUUUUGAAAAUGACAAGAUGGGGGGUUUUGAGAAAUUGAAACAAAUCAUCAAAGUGUACGCCAGUAUUAAACCAUUGGACGAGCCAUUUUUGAACAUUAUCAUGACCAAAUGUGUGGUGUGGCAAGAUGCCAGUAUCAUUAGUGAAAUCUUCAAAUACUAUAUGUAUUACAAUGUCAGGAGAACCCAAGUGGCGUACCGUGUCGGCUUAAAGGCUAUGGGGUCGAUUCCGGUUGGCGAUGCCGAGAUCUUGAACAGGUGGAAUGAGUUGAUUGUAUUUAGUGAUUUCCAAGGUGCCAAUUUCAUCCAUAACGCUGAUUGGGCGGCAUUAAGAGACGCGACCAUCGCCUCGCAAUACGGGGAUCGGGUGAUGUUGUACGCGAAGUUGGUCAAGGCAUAUUCCAAAUAUUCGAAAGAUAUCAAUCAAGUGAAGAUUCUUGUUGAUUUGAAUAGCUCUAGAUAUAAUUACAUUGCUCCGGUGAUGGCCGAUUUGGAGAAUUUGGAUAUUAGUGAUAUCCAUGUGCCAGUGUUUAAGAAUAUCAAAAGUUUAUAG